GUGCCUUGGCACGUUUUUAACUGCAUUUUGUCGUUUAGAAUGAAAGGUCUGUUGUGUAUAAAGCAAGGUGAACCAUGAAAGAAAACAAUCAGCUACACAUAGGUUACGGACUUUCAGACAACAGGACAGUCUCUAACUCCGCUGCGUCAAGGACACUUGCUGUGCUACCUUGCUCUUCCUGCCUGGACCAUAAGUCACGCGUGAAUAAUGGACGCGUGAAAUGUGUCGCUGCCAAAUGGUCUUUUGUUUGCCGGGCAAGUUCCGGUGGCCAUAGGAGAAAUCCGGAUUUCUCAAGACAAAACAAGCAUGGUUUCCGAGGCAGAAACAAGCAAAACGAAGAGAGAUACGGCUUUGAUGGUUUUGAGGAUUCAGAAAUGUUCUCUUCAAAAAACGGCCCUGUUGUCUCUCUCUCUAAUUCCCCGAAAUUCCAAGCUACUUCAUCCCCCGGGCCAAGAGAGAGAGAGAUAGUCGAACUUUUCAGGAAGGUGCAAGCACAACUCCGGGCACGAGCCGCUGCUAAGAAAGAAGGCAAGAAAGUUGAAGAAGCUUCUAGGGGACAGGGGAAAGAGAGUGAGACAGUCGAUUCCCUUCUCAAGUUACUGAGGAAACACUCAGGUGAGCAGAGUAAGAAAAAGGAAGUCAAUUCGGGCCAAGCAGAUAGAGAUGUUGCACACAACCAAGAUCAAAGCUCAAAUUCGAUCAAUUCUCGGGACAAAAGUCGUAAAGCAACAUCCUUUACCCGGCCGGCAUCAAGCUUCAGACGCAAGUCACCUGUACCCAGAUACAAAUCCCAGCCCACAUACUCUAGUGAGUCUUGGACCCAGAAGAAGGAUCGAGCGGAGCUGCACGAUGGACCUGAAGAUGAUGACCAUGAAGCUGAACCUGAAGAUGAAGAGCCUGAACCUGGGACCGAGCCCGCUGUGCUUGAACAAGAGCCAGAUCUGAAGCCCGAGUCUUUCUAUCAAGACGAGGAUGAUGCAGUUGUUUUGGAACAGAUAUCAGAUGAUGCCAUAGUAGACGCUGAUGAAGGCGAGGAACCGGGGAUAGAAAUGAAGCAAGAUUCAGACUUUAGUGCAUUGAAGCUGACGGAACUGAGGGCCAUAGCGAAAUCACGUGGCGUAAAAGGGUUUUCAAAGAUGAAGAAAGCUGAGUUGGUGGAGUUACUGAGCAGUGGUAGUAAUUUAUCACACACGGAUGGGCAGUGACCGAACAAUAGAAAAGACUUGAGUGACAUUGCUUCAGUUUUGAGACUUGCAAGUGAGCAAACUGUGUUUUUUGUUUUUGAGGAUAAUGAAUUUCUGUUCCGUCA